UAUGCAUCGUGACUUCCCUUUCACGUACAUCGAAUGAAUAACACGUGCCGUCAAUGAUAUUAUCCAACCUUGAAAUAUCCAUCUUUGAUAUUCCGUUAAAAAAAAAUCAUGAUACUACGGCACCCAUCACUACUCCCCCGCACCCUCCGUCUUCCCCUGCAUUUCCCUCGAGCCUACAGACCAUUCACCUCGUCUUCAACCCAGUCCGCCCAGAACCGCAUCUUCUCCAACGUGCGCACCCCAGAUGAAUUGCACACCCUAACCUUUCUCAGCGCCACCGACAAUCGCCCCUUGAUCACCUUGUGGACUGCGUCAUGGUGCUCCACGUGUCGGGCUGUGAAACCCCUCGUUCGGAGUUUGAUUGAGGAGGAGAGGGUGGGCGAGAAGGAGGGGGGAUUGGGGUACGCGGAAGUGGAGAUGGAUUCGGUGUUGAUUGGGGAUUUGGGGGUUAAGUUCAUGAUUACCUCUCUGCCAACGCUACUAGCGUUUAGUCGGCAAGAGCCCCAGAUGGAGACCAAGCUCGUAAGACCAGAGCAGAUGAAGAAUAAAGAGUUCCUUAGAGAGUGGUUAUUGAACGAGGCGAGGAGAGGAGGCCGUGCGGGAGGGUCUGGAGGGAGCCCGUUUGGAGGGCUGUUUGGUGGUCGGUAGCAUGUGUCAUUCUGUUGUUCCUCAUUUGUGCUGGUAAGUGUCAUGUAAUCCAUGCGGAGCUGGACUUGCGAGACUUACCCGGCCGAGAAUUGCCGGCUCCGCUUGAUAGAGAGAUAUUGGGCUAGGUUCCCAAUCAGAUCACGGAAACUGUCGCUCUAACCUGCAACCAUCUUAAGUCUAAUUGACUUGUUUAGUAUAAAGGGA